GGUAUCAUAUUCCGGAGAGCCAAGAACAUAACCUUACAAAUCAAAUAGAACAUUCUGUAAGCUGUGCAUGAUAAUCCGACCACGUGAAUUUUAGUCUAUUUUUAGCAUAAGCGAGAAAUAUUUUAUUUUAUAAAAAUGAUGAAAAAGGCGAAACAAGGACAAUUAGAGAAGGCUGGGGCUAAUGGUGAUGCCUUUAAUUCAAAGAAACGUAGCCAUGAGGAUAAUGAUGCUUCUCAAAGGAAAAAGUUAAAAUCUAACGCAAAUAAUUUACCUUCUAAUCAGAAAGCGAAUGCUAAUGUUCCGAAAAAUGUGCCUACUGCGAAAGUAGAUACUUUGAGCAAAUUAAAGAAUAAGAGCAAAGCUAAAAAGCCGGAAAAUAACGAUAAAACGAAUUCCACUAAGGGUAAGCAGCAAUUAGUUAAUAAAGUCAAGCCUAACGGAGAUGUACAAAACUCUGAUAAGAAAGGCUUGUCGAAAAACAAAAAAUUAAAACAAAAAUUAAAUAAUCUUGGCAAUGAACAAAAAGACGCUACAAACAAUUCCAGUGAUAAGACUGCAUCGAAGCAAGAAAAUUCUAAAGAUGUGUCUAAUACCGAAGACAAUAAGGAUGCGAAAUUUAAAAAUACACAUAAAAGAAAGAGAGAGAAAGCUCAAAAAAAUCUUAAGCCAAAACCUAAAGAAAGCCCCAUAUUAAAUAAAUCAGACUUAGAUCAGGUGAAGGAAAAGAUUGCUGAAAUUCAGAGUCGUGAAACUCUGAGUAAAACGGCGAUAAAGAAAUUACGUGCUUUAAAAAAGAAAGUACGGGUUGCCGAGGAAGGAGAUGGUAACUUAGAAAAUACAAAGGAUGUUAAGAAUAAUGUUAAUAAUUCGAAUGCAUCAGAAAAGAAGAAAAACGCAGCAAAGAAUACAAAGCAAGAGAGUAAUGUUAAUAAGAAGAAAUUGGAGCGUGAAUCUUCAGAUAGUAAUGAAAGUAACAAUGAAAAUGUUGAGCUAGGAUUACCCGUUAAAAAUAGCAAUAAGCCAUCCGUUAAAUCAAAUGUUAAACAGCAAAAUAACCAAUUAAAAAAGACGAAUAAUGAAACUGUCAAAUCUAAAAAAGCGAACAAUCAAGUACAACAAGUAGUUAGCAAAAUGGAUGUAGAUGACGAUGAUGAAGAUACCGAUGAGGAAGACGAUGUUCAACUAGAUACAGAUGGUGAUCUCACUCUAAAUGACAAUACUGCUGAAGUAGAUGAUGAUGACGAUGACGACGAAGACGAUGACGAAGACGACGACGACGACGACGAAGACGACGACGACGACGAUGAAGCCGGUGAUGAUGAAUUUGAAGAAUUAAAUGCUGAACUAGAUGAUGAAGACGAUGACGACGACGACGACGAUGAUGAUGAUGAGGAAGACGACGAUGUCGAUGACGAUGAUGACGAAGAGGGUGAUGACGAUUACAAAAUGAAAGACGUAAGUGUUAAGGAAGGGAGUAAUGCGAAUAAACAAACAUUGAAUGGAUCCAAAAAACAGGGCAAAGGAAAUAAGGAAACAACAAAUAACUUCAAUAAACUGGGACCUGUUAAAGAAAAAUCUGAUAAAUUACCUUUGGACACUAAUCAGGUAAAAUUCCGAAAAAAUGAGGAAUCAAAUCAAAAUGCAAAGAAAGAAGACAAUGAAACAAAUAAAAAUAAUUUUCGUGAAAACCAAAAAAAUGUUGUUUUUGUAGGUAAUCUAGCAUACGACAUAAAUCCUGUUGAUAUCAAAAAGCAUUUCUUAUCUAAGGUUUCAAAAGUGAAGGACAUUAGGAUUGCUUUUGAUUCAAAAACUAACAAGUCACGAGGAUUUGCUCAUGUUGAGUUUGAGAAUACUCAAGACUGCGAGAAAGCACUUUCAUUACAUCAUACUACACUAAAAGGUAGACAGAUAAAUGUAUUAAAUGCAUUGGACAAACGAGGUAAAAAACCAGAUUUUCAGAAAAAUAAGAAUUCAAAUCCAUUUCAAAAAUCAAGAAGAUUCACGAAGCCGGAAGGGCAUUCAUUUAAGAAAAAUCAAUACUGAAUAGAAUAUAGCUUCGAUUAUCAGAGAAAAAAAUUUUAAUAUUCAUCAAAUAAUGAUCUGUCAUCAAGUAUUUACAGUGAAACCGAUUUCUUUGACUUUAAAUUAAUUAAUUAUUUUUAAAGGAAUGAAUAAUUACAUAGUUAUAUUAUGUAAUAGUUAGACAGUAAUUUGUGACGAUUUCUUACAUUUUAUACUUUUUGUUACACACAUCGUAUGUAUACAUUCAUGAUAUAUGUAUGUACG